GUACUAGUUGCAUUUAUUUUUCAUCAUUCGUUUGUUGACCGCUGUUGUCUUCUGGUUUGUAUUGUGAUUCUGUUUAUUUUCAGAAGCUUAUUAAGUUGAUGAUUGCAACAGUCAGCAGCAGUGACAUUUACUUAAUGUUAACCUCGCCAGACAUCGUGUUCUUGCCGUUUUCGCCGAAAAAUUUAAAUUAAAUCUUCCGACGAUUAUUGUCUAUCCAGACUUCCCUAUUAGCCCAAGAGGCUAAUAUUCAAGAGUUCUAGUUUUGUGUUUGGAAUGACUGAACAAGGCCCUACCAUUAAGGUCCACUGUGGGUCGAACCUCGUUUUCUCCUGCUCCAAACCAGCAAAAGAUUCAGAGUCUGGGGGGAAGACUGCUGCACUUGUGUCAUCUCUGAAGGAAGCACAAGUACGUGUUAACCAGUUUCUGACCGAACUUGUGGAGAAAAGUGGAUCAUCAAACUCAAAUAAAGGAGGUGAUGAUGAAGCUAGUGAUGAGGAAGACGAAGAGGCAGAUGAGGAUUCCUGUGGCAAGUUAUCUGAAGCUAUGAAACGAAAACUAGAAGGGAAUGAGUUGAGUUCAAAUACAAGUAAAACUGAUAGGAAAAGAACAAAGACCCAAACUUAGCAGCCAAUAAAAAACACUAUCAUAAUAAUUUUUUUUAUUAAUUUUAGCACAAAGAUUUUCUUUACAACUUUACAGCAGUGGUCACACAUUUAUUUUUCCUUUGGGCCGUAGUCAUCUUAGGUUCACACAUUAUGUAGUUUUACAAUCCCAUAUGUGCCUCAUACAGUUUUUAGAAAGCAAAGGAAAGUUUGGCCUGCCUCAUAAUCCUCGCAUCUUGUUUGUUUUUCUUAUUUUUUUGUGUUAAGUAGGGUUGCAGCAUGAGAUAAUUAUCUCAUGGUUGCAGUAACCCCUUUAAAGCAUGCUUGUAUUUUUUUAUAAAUACAUGUGUGUAUCAGUAAAAAAGUGAUUGGAAAUACAUUAUACAUCAAUAACAAUCCCUCACACCCAUCAUUUUAUCAUUUUUCCAGUUUGAUUGCGGUUCCCCCUCUUAUUCUCCUCCAUGCUGAAAUAUAGAAAGUAGAUAAGACAACAAAUUUUCCUACUUAUGUACAUAUUUUAAUGAGGAAAUUGGCAUGUACACAUAAAUGAGCUGUACAUUAGGUCAGCAGCAAAUAUUGGAUUGAUUUGAGGGGUUAUUGUGUCUCUUUUUGAACCCUAUUUACACAUGUUGGAAGAAGUAGAAGUAAUGUAAAUUUUUAGGUGGACAAUAGUCAAAAACUCUGUAUAUUUGUGGGAAAAACGCACAUGACUUCAUCUUCAACCUUUUCUUUUGCUACGGAGAAUGAGGAAGAAAUGAAUUUGCUUCAGAUGUCUUGCCCAAGUUGAGACAACCCUAUUCCAUUGCACCAGUCAGAUUAUUGUGUAUGCUUGAUAAGGAUUCUGUUUCUAACAUAGGUCAAGUUCUCUUUUUAAAAAUUAGAUCAAAUUUUCUAGCUGGUUUCGUUUGUAAUGAGAUCAACUGGGUCACAAUAUCUUUCAAAUUUUUCAAUUUGUCUUGGAGAAUUUAGUUUGAAACAUGUCUGUCACGUUACUUGUGUGAACUUUUUUUUUGUUUAAACCUCUAGAGGUUUAUUUUACCUUAAUUCUGAAUUACAAAUAUACAUACUUAAUGUAACAUACUUGUAGAAAAAUCACAAGAAUAAAGUCUUCUUCGAUUGCACGCUAAACAAUACAGAUUAAGAUUAAAUGUAAUCUUGAAACUUUGGAAGGGGAAAUUGAAUAUACAACUGAAAUUACUGCAGUCUUGCAUUAUAAUUGGCAGAGAGAAUUUCAUUUCAAGAGUUCCCUACAUUGGCUGUGUAAUAUUGAGUGUACUGCUUUUAGAAACAUUCUGAAGGCUCUGCCAAUUAUAAGUACAAUUCAGAGUAUUUUAAUAUGUCGCAUGCUUGCAUUAAUAAGGUUUAAAAUAGUAUGGUAAUAAGUUGCAGAACAAUUUUGAGGUCUCUGUGAUGUCCAUUGCUUCUUAAUUAUCACUAGGUAAACACAGCAUUUGUAAGGUUGCCCUACAAAAUUUAAAGCUUCAAGAUGCAUCUCUCAUUCCUUACCACAACUGAUAGAUAGUUGCAACUUUGUGUAUCCCCUAGAAAUAUGAUCUGGUAAUGUCCUGUGUUCGAGAGCAAUCCGCUCUCAUCUUUUGGCUCGGUAAUUUGUUGAUUGAUAUGUCAAAUGUUCUUUUUUUUAACCAAUAUUCAAUAAAACAUCAAUACUGAAUGAUUAAGAUUUA